AUGACCAAGUGGUUUGCCGAGCGCAGUGCUCUGAUGAGAAAAGCUGCUUUUGGCGGCUUUAUUGAUUUGUCAGUCUGUGAAGUUGGCACAGCACAGCGGGAACGCAGCGCGGUCGGCAGCUCCGCACAGCGUCCCGCACGGAGAACCCGGCCCAGUGCUGCGCGACGGGCAGCGCUGCGCGGCGCGGGCAGCGAAGGCAGCCAGCGAAACAGAGGCAGCGAGUGCAGGCAGCGAGUGCAGGCAGCGAAACAGAGGCAGCAAAUGCAGGCAGCGAAACAGAGGCGGCAAAUGCAGGCAGCAAAUGCAGGCAGCGUAACGCAGGCAGCGCGGCGCAGAGCACCAGAGCGCACAGCAGCAGCACAGCGCAGCACGAGGCAGCCGGCUCCGCGUGGCGCGAGCAGCUUCGAGAAGCACCACGUGGCUUUUGCGACACAAAUAAUUCCUAUUUGCACUUUCCAGCAGCUGAAGCCGACGUGCGCAGCAGCACGGAUGAUUGCCCCUUUCUCCAGGCCGAUGAACGAAGUUCCAAGCAGCACAGGAGGAAGAGGGAAGGAAGAGACAUCAGGGGUUUUCCCCUUAGGAUGCCAGGAGAUUUUGGAAGGCUGUAAGUCAGACUGGGGCACGACGAGGGUUGUGUUCAGCACCAGUGGGGUUUCUGCUGACCCACGUUUGGAUCCAGCUGGUGGGUUUGGGUUUCUGGAAUUUCUUCUCAUGCCGCAUCAGCUCCAGCUCACCCAGUCCUCUCCUCAGCUUACACCAAGUUCUAAUUACAAGGCAUCACAGUGGCUCAUCUGUGCUGGGGAAACCUUACCAGAACAGGAGAAACUGGGGAAAAGAAUGGAAUGUGGCGGAUCAGAAACUCUGCCAGAGCUUUCCAAGCCUGCUCCUCUCCUCCCUCCUGCGGGUGGGAGAGGGAAAAACAGCUUUGGGACCUGCACUGAAAAAAGCUCGUCAUUCCCGGGGCAAAUUUAUCAGUCUGGGGGCUUCUUGCAGCUGCUCUGCACCUUCACAAACACCAUCAGGAGGGGCUGCAGGGGGUGACCCCCAGCCCCGCUCCCCAGCGCCCUGGGGACCAGCACGGGCUCCUGCCGGCGCGGCUGCCUGUGAUGCUCGUGUAAUUUGGUGUCUGCUCCUCGCUCCUCCCCGGCGGUGCCCGUGGGCGCCGCAGCCGGCGUGCGCCGCGCGGGGCCUGCAACGGCCGGGCCGGGAGCCCGCGGGUCCUGCGCGCCCCAGCCCCGGCGAGGGCGCUCACAAGGGAGGAGACCGGUACUUGUGGAAGGCGCUUUCCAGGAAGUUCGCCAGCUUCUCACAGUCGUCCUGCAAGAACACAAGAAAUGACAACAGGUCGGUUUGGCGUGGCCACCGUGGGCACCUCCCUCCUUCCGUGACCCUGUCCCGAGCCACCGAGCUCACAGCUGGGUUCUGAUACGGGAAGAGAACAACUCGCAAGCACUUCUGGAACACACCGCUAAUAAUCACCAUAUGUACCGAGCAACGCAAGAUCGGAGCCUCUUUGUGUCAGGAGCAAUAUAAAGGCCAAAGAGCAGACAGUUCUGUGGAGCUUCCCGUCUGAAGGAAUAUAACAGGCCCAGAUUCUUCUGUUUAGUUUGAUUUCAACUUAAUUAUCCAACCACUGAAUCUAACGUUAUUUUCUGUGGCCGUCUGUUUUAUAAUAUGCUCACUGCUAAGAAAAUAAAGAUUAAUGUCACUUUC